AUGACCAUGGUGAGCUAUGUGCAGAAGAAGGGAAAGGCUGUUGUCCUCCUGAGCACCAUGCAUGAUGACAAAGCAGUGGAUCACAGCAGUGAGAAGAAGAAACCAGAAGUGAUCCAGUGCUACAACAAAACAAAAGGAGAAGUGGACACAAUGGAUCAGAUGGUUACCAACUACUCAUGUCGUCGGAGAACACGGAGGUGGCCAAUGGUUGUCUGGUACAAUAUGCUGGAUGUUGCCACCCUCAAUGCCUACACCAGCUUCACCGCACAACAGCCUGAUUAUAUGGGUGGUGUAAACAAUGCACGUCGGCUGUUCAUCAAGGAGCUGAGCAAAGAGCUUGUCAUGCCACAUAUGAAGAGGCGCAUGGAGAGCACACCCACACUCCGAAAGCAUGCUAUCGAGGCAAUGGGAAGAUGUGGAUUAAAAAGACUAAACACAGCCACCACCCAGCAGCAAGACGACAUCAGACAGGAGGUCCAAAGCAAGAGAAAGAGGUGCACGAUCUGUCCAGUUUCGAAAGACAGAAAAGCCACCAGCUGCUGUUCCCAGUGCACCAGGCCUGUGUGCAAAGAGCACAAACACCAAAUAAUAAUUUGUGAGGCAUGUAAAGAUUGA